AUGGUGGACGCCGAGGACCCGGCGUCAUACAUUGGACAGGACCUGGAGUGGAUCGGCAUGUCCAAGAGAGACGUGUCGGUGCAGAUCUUUGGCAAGCUGAACCCGCUGAAGGUGUGCGCUCCGGUGAUUGUGGAGGAGUUUGCCAAGCUCGCGCAUCGGCUCAACUUUAUGUACAUUUACCCGCUGGUUGAAAGCAACAAGCGCAUCCGACUGAGCCAGUACCUCUCGUCGACGUAUGCGACUGGUGGCGCGCUGCGGGAUGCGGGAUAUGAGGCGCAGGGCGAGAGCUUUCACCAGCUCGACCCGUACUUCCCCUUUGACCCGUACCAGCUGCCUGUGAGCAAGCGGUGGCUGGAGAAUGACUACGUGCACUGGAAGUCGGUGCCGGGCCUGAACGCCGACGAGGACGACAGCGACGGCAUGGAGGAGGACGAGGAGAGGGACGCGGUGGAGGAGGAGACGGCAACGGACAGCGACGGCGACGACUUGGACUAG